GGCUCGGCAUCGCACGGCGCGGCUCGGCGCGGCUCCGUUCCGCUUGGCACGGCACGGCACGGUACGGCUCCGGCAGCUCCCGAGCCAUUCAAACAAGUGGCUCCGGCAGCACUUGGGAGCCGGGGCUGGGGAGAGGGCACAGCGCGGCUCCCUGCCCCGGAGGCGCCGGGGCCCUUCACGCUGCCUCUUUUCUCUGGCGCUCGCUCUUUAUUUGACGAUGAAAUAAUGUUGACAUGUCUUGAAUUAUUAAGUAUUCCCUGGAUUUUAUUAGCACAUGAUGCCUAAAUGCUGCCUGUAUCUGCUGGGGUCUUAACCAGAGAGGAGCGAAGGAGAGAGGCAGAGAGACAGAGCGAGGGAGAGGAGAGAGAGGGGUUUUUGACAGCUGUAUUUGUGCUGAUAAGCGAAGGCACAAGGAGACGAUCGACUAGUGAGACAAGAGGGAAGCGGCGGCUCGGAGCUGCUGAGAGGGGCUGCGCUUCCCUCCCGAGACGGCUCGGCCCUCCCGGCGCCGUGCUGGGGCUUGGGGGGGACCCGAGCCCCCUCCCAGCGCCUGGCCGGGCUCUCGGCCGGUGCCCGUGCCGGGGUGCAGCUCGCUGGCUGGGCACGCCGGCCGUGCGGGGCAGAUGCCGAUUGAGAUCGUGUGUAAAAUCAAAUUUGCCGAGGAGGAUGAGAAGCAGAAGGAGAAAGAAGAAGGGGAUAAGGAGAGCCUGAUCGAGGAGCCCGCCCGGCCCCGCUCCCGGGACCUGGCCGCCUUCGCCAGCGCCAGCACGCUGCAUGGCCUGGGACACAUCUGCCAGUCAGGGCGGCUGGGUGUGCGCCAGACCCUCUGGGCAUUUGCCUUCCUGGCCUCGCUCGCUUUCUUCCUCUACCAGGCAGCCAAGUCAGCGCUGCUCUACCUGGAGCACCCCCACGUCAUGGCCCUGGACGAGGAGGCCAUCCGCGAGAUGGUCUUCCCCGCCAUCACCAUCUGCAACAUCAACCGCUACCGCCACUCGGCGCUCACCGACGCCGACAUCUUCCACUUGGCCAACAUGACCGGGCUGCCCCCCAAGGACCGGGACGGCCACAAGGCCACAGACCUGCUCUACCCCGACCCCGACAUGGCUGACAUCGUCAACCGCACCGGCCACCAGCUUGACGACAUGCUCAAGAGCUGCAACUUCAGCGGAGAGAACUGCUCAUCCCGCGAUUUCACUGUGGUCUACACACGCUACGGUAAGUGCUACACCUUCAAUGGGGACCGGAGGAACCCACGGGUAACCCGCCAGGGUGGCAUGGGCAACGGGCUGGAGAUCAUGCUGGACAUCCAGCAGGAAGAGUACCUGCCCAUCUGGAGAGAGACCAAUGAGACGUCAUUUGAAGCUGGCAUCCGGGUCCAGAUCCACAGCCAGGAUGAGCCACCCUACAUCCAUCAGCUGGGCUUUGGUGUCUCACCCGGCUUCCAGACCUUCGUGUCCUGCCAGGAGCAGCGGCUCACCUACCUGCCGCAGCCGUGGGGGAACUGCCGGGCCAGCGUGCAGGGGGAGCAGAUGCUGCCUGGCUACGACACCUACAGCAUUGCUGCCUGCCGCCUGCAGUGCGAGAAGGAGGCCGUGGUGCGGAGCUGCCACUGCCGCAUGGUCCACAUGCCAGGCAACGAGUCCAUCUGCUCCCCCAACGUGUACAUCGAGUGUGCUGACCACACGCUGGACACGGCGGUGGAGGACAGCCAGGAGCGCUGCAGCUGCCCCACGCCAUGCAACCUGACGCGCUACGGCAAGGAGAUCUCCAUGGUGCGCAUCCCCAACAAGGGCUCGGCACGCUACCUCGCCCGCAAGUACAACAAGAACGAGACCUACAUCCGGGAGAACUUCCUGGUGCUGGAUAUCUUCUUCGAGGCGCUCAACUACGAGGCCAUUGAGCAGAAGAAAGCCUACGACAUUGCUGGGCUCCUCGGGGACAUCGGGGGGCAGAUGGGCCUGUUCAUCGGUGCCAGCAUCCUCACCAUCCUGGAGAUCCUGGACUAUGUCUACGAGGUGAUCCGGGACAGGGUGAGCCGGGUCCUGCGCCGCUCCAAGCCACCCCUGAAGAAGCCCUCGGGCAGCAUCGCCACGCUGGGACUGGAGGAGCUCAAGGACCAGAGCCCCUGUGAAACGUUGGGCCGGCACGUGGAGGGCACCUACAACGCGGGCAUCCUGCCCAACCACCACCACCGCCACCACUACCCUCACCAGGGCGUCUUCGAGGACUUCGCCUGCUAGGCCAGCUCGGGACUGGGGGGGGGGCAGCCCCCCGCCACCCCCCUCCCCACCGUCCGCAUGGAGAGGGACCGCAGCACCGGGCACGGUGGGCACAGGCCCCCGCCUCCCCCACCCCACUGCCAGGACCGGCCGGGCCGUUUGCCCCCAGGGAUGCUGCCGGAGCUGCCUCGGCACCGGCACCGGCACCGGCACCGGAGCGGCCCCCCCAGCCCUUUUGCCCGUCCUUUCCACUUGCCCCCAGCACGCGGGGUCAGCCCCGUCUCAAGCACACGGCGUGGAGGGGGACGGGCACGCCGGGGGGGUUCGGGGGAGCAGCGGGGCGCGGGGCAGAGCCGCCCUGGCAAUGCAGAGCGUGCGGGGGGUAAGCUGGGGUUCCCGUGAGCCCCUCCAAGCCCUCCCCUGCUGACCCUUCCUGGCUGAGGGUCUCUGCCCUGCACGGUCCCCCCCCGCCCCAGGAGAGGCGUUCCUGGAACACCUUCCCUCCCCCGGCCCGGGGACAACCACCCUCCCACCUUCCUGCUGCAGGGCAGGGCAGCAUUGCAGGGCACCCCUCUGAGCAGCACGGCCCCCCCGGCCAGCCCAGGGACACCCCACCUGCAGCCACACCUGCAUGGCACCACCCUGACCCCUGGCACCACCACCACUGUGACACCCCCCCCCAAACAUCUGCCCCCCCUUCCCCGACCUCACGCAGCCUGCCAGGGCUGCGGCCCCCUCCCCAUUGCUGUUUCCAGCCAGACCCCUGCACUGUGACACCCCCCCCUCCAGUGUUGACCCCCGAUAGCCCCCAGUCAUUGCGGCACUGCAAACCUACUGCCUCCCCCAUCUCCUGCCCCCAAUCCACCGUGCCCCCCCAGCCCUCCCCGUCCUCUCCUUACCCAGGUAUUGCCCAAAGCGGCUUGUCCCUUGGUGCAGCCGCCCGGCACAGCCCAGGCGGCGCGGGUUGGGGGUCUUGCCCUCGCUCCCUUGCCUGUCGCCACUCUUUUGCACCAUGCACGUACCCCUUGCCACGCUCCCACCCCCCGGGUGCUGAGCACCCGCUGUGCCUCCCCCAGACUGUACACAGUUAGGAGGGUCCCCCGUGCCCAGCACCGCCCGGACAGCCACAGCCUGACCCGCCGGCCGGAGCCUCGGCCAGGACCAGCACCCACGGUCCUCCUGCCUGCCCCGAGAUGGCAGGACCCACGGCAGGACCCACAGCAGGACCCACACCGCUCCCCCUGUCCUGUCGGACAGUGCCUCCUCCCCCUCCACUGUAGCAGACACCAGCGCAGGGCAAACCGCCCCAAAAUAUCUCAGGAGGGGGGGGGCGGGCUGGCAAAGCCCCCCUCGACACAGACAUGCGGCAGAGAGGGGGACUCCAGGGCAGGAAUUUGGGACCUCUGGGGGAGGCUGGGGUUUAGCCAGGCAGCCCCUGGCCCUGCCAGUUUGGUCCCCAUCCCCGGUGCCCGCAGACAGAACACGGCCAUGCCGCGCUGUGGCCAAAGCCAUAGAUGCAGGAGGGGCCAUCAUCUUUGCAGCACCCAAGGCUCCACACGUGGGUGACGCAGGGCAGGGACCGGAGUACCAGGUUGAUGAUGUGCCCGGCAGCCCUGGCUCUGGCUAUCUGCAGCCCAACGGCCCCCCAAAAUAUGCACCCAGGUGGAAACGUGUUCCCUGUCAGUGCAAGCACCCAGCCGCAUGGUAUCCCGUGUCCCCCUGCAUGGGGGGACACACAGCAAGCCUCCCAGCAGGGCAGGCACAGAGGUGCUCCUCGGGGACCCCCUCCAAAGCACCCCAUGUCAGCUCACCAGGGGGUCCCCCCCACCUGCAAGCAGGAGUGUCCCCGGAGGGGUGCCACACAUUAGCCCAGGGAUGUGCCACGGCCACACAAGUCAGCCCUACACCAAGGUCUCCUGCAGUGGGCAGGGGGGUGCAGAAUGUGGCUCCCUCCCUGCCAGCGGGAGCGGCAAGCCCCGAGUGGGGUGGGCACAGGCACCACAGCGGGAGGGCUGGCGCGAAUGCCCUCGUGCUGGUGAACGUGAGAGAUGUGCGUCACUGUUUUAUAAAUGUACAAAUGCUCCCUAAUAAAGAGGCACAAGUA